AUGGAUGAGAGAAACAAAGAAAUUUUCAAAAUGAGAGGCACGGCUGAUCGGCGGCCAAUUCUCCCAGAGGAAGCAGCAGCCUUCUUCCAUGCCAUUGAUGCCCGCGAUGCUGCUGGGUUUGGCAUCCGCAAACUUGCAACUCUUGACAUAGACGGCCUCCACGAGGCUCCCGCGUGCAUCAGCUGGGAACGCAGCAUCAGCCUCAUCUACUAUGCCGCCUGGCGAAAGCGUGAUCAUUUCGUCAAUGCUCUACUUCACGCGCGCGCAAAUCCCUCUGUGCGGGAUGAAGGCCUCUCCAGCUCAAAACCGGCCGGCGAGGAAGCGGCACGUCAGAUCGUGGAUUCCCUAAGAAUGGAAUCGGCAGUCUGGCUAAUGCGGGCCCUCGUGCAGCUGCGCUUCCGUGGGCGGCGAGUGGAGUCCACGCGUCACUGCGAGGAAUGCCAGACUACAAAUGAACUUCGGGCUGCCGACGGCCUGGGCACGAUGCUAGCUUGGCCAUGCGGACACCAGUGCUGCGAAGCCUGCCUUUGGCGGCGAGCAGCACGCAUUGCCAGCUGCCGAGGCGCCUCUGCGGCUGCCGAGCUUUCUUGCCCAGCAGUGGGCUGCAGCGUGGCGGCCCUGGUGUCGGAGGCGAAGAGUGGUUAUAAUCCAAGCACGAGCCCAGCGGAGAAGAAGGAGGAUUGGAACUGUUCCCAUUGUGGUUAUUCUAACUUUGCAAGACGCCAGACAUGCCGAAACUGCGAUUCGCUUCGGAAUGGCGCUCUGGAAGUUGGAGAUGUUCCGGCAGCGGAUGAGCGCUCAUCCUGCGCCGUGGACGAGGAACAGACGUUAAUGAAGCGUUGGGAAGCCUGGCCCCCCUCCACAAGACGUGAGGCCAUGCUGGAGCAGUUCCUGACACUGCCAGAGGUUGAGGCCCCGGAGGUGGCUCCCAAGGUCUCGAAAGCUCCGAGGUUCCAGGCGCAGCAUCCGCGCGAGGCGGCCUCAGCGCACCUGGGCGCUACGCGGCAGGAGCGCACCGCAGAACUGCACAAGGCAGCUGCAGCAGGGGACACGCUUCGCUUGCUCGCCCUCUUUGAGGCCGGAGUAGACGUCGACGCUGCGAACGAGUACGGCCAGUCGCCAGCCUUCCUAGCAGCUUAUCACGAUGCGGCCGAGGCAAUCUCGCUGCUUGCAUGGGCCAGAGCAGACCUUGACCGUCCUGCGAAUGGAGGCUCUUCUGCAUGGGCCUGUGCUGCUGCCAUUGGACAUGAAGGUGCUGCACGUGCCCUGGUGGAGGCCGGCGCAAGGACGGUCCCUGUGCAACGCUCUGCCUUUGUUGGCUCAGAGCCGGACCCGUCCUUCCACUGGCUGAUCCCACUCGACUCGGACGCGGCCGGGGCCGGAAGUUGCAUCCUGGACGAUGCCUUGGCUGAGAACUUCCUAUGUCAGGUGGACCACCUUUUCGAAAGCUUGCCUGUGGCGGCCCGAACGAAAAGCUGCUCCUCCGAUCGUAGCUACUACUGCGACUCGGAAGGAUGGAUACAGGAAGCGUUUAGGCGUGCUUUCCUUGCCGCCCAAGAGAAGCACCGAGCGCUUGCGGAUCUUGCGCUGGAGGUUACAAUGCCUCAUAUGCGCUUCCUGCACUAUGCAGAUGUCGGAGGUGGUCUGCCGCCGCACCUCGAUCUCGUGAGAACUGACGAGAAGGGAAGACGAUCCACUCACACCUUCAUCCUCUACUUAAGCGACUGCUCUGGUGGUGGCGGCGAGACGGUUCUCCUCCAUCGCAUGGAGGACAACGCCGAGGCCGUUCUUGCUGCCGUCGAGCCUCGCAGAGGGCGGUUGCUGCUCUUUCCCCACCUUUGCCCGCACCUCGCGCGGCCCACGGUGGUGGUCCCCAAGCUCCUGCUCCGUGGCGAGGUCCGGCUCUGUGCGGCUCAGCAAGGUACCCUUGUCUACGAGUCUACCGAGGAGACUCGAAUCUUGAUGUUCGGCACUAGAUCACUAGAUUCCAACAGUCUGUCUUUUGCAAAAUCGAGGCAUCGCUAUUCGAGGGUGAAGAGAUUUUGCAGGUGGCGAGGGUUGAUAUUAUGCGGCUGCUCUGUUUGGAUGCACGGCACUCCGCCGUUGGGUUUACAGCUGAAUGCGACUCUCGCAGCCCGUGGGUGCUCAACUACGCAAGUAUUAGCGAUGCACGCUCCAAGUCGUCACAGCUGA